CACCAAAGUCCUAUGGUUAAAACUCCUGCUAUUGAUAUCCUUACAGUUGUAGUUGAAACUUCUGCUAUAGAUAUUGAAUCUGAUUCUAAUGACCUCUCAUCUUUACUUACCACCAAAGUCUCUACGAUUACUAAUCUUGAAUUAUCUAAUAUCUAA